AUGCUGGCCUUCGCUGCCGUUCAGAUCCUGAUGCCUCAUACGGCGACCAUUCCUGCUCGAGUGGUUAGUCGCAGGAGUAUCCUAUGUACGGCCCUCUUCACCUUCUUUGCGGCGAGCACUAUGACGAUGAUCAUUUACUAUGUUCCAAUCUGGUGUAAGAGCCCAUUACACUUCAACAAAGUGCCCUUACUGAUGAGACCACCAGUUCAAACCGUUAAGCUGGUCAAUCCCGUCAAGUCCGGCAUCUACACACUGCCUCUCGUACUCAGUUUAGUUGUCGGAAGCUUUGUAUCCAGCUUCAUUACCCAAAAGAUCGGUUACUACGUCCCAACCAUGUGCCUCUGCCCAUGCAUCCUGUCUGUGGGACUGGGCCUGAUGUCGACCUUCAACCUCCACACCAGCUCAUUAUACUGGAUCGGUUACCAGUUUCUAUCCGGCUUUGGGUUGGGACUCGGGAUGCAGAACUCCGGCCUCGUCGUACAGAGCGCCGCCAAAGCUAGUCCAAAGGCAGUAAGGAAGAUCCUCGUACAGGCCAAGUUAUACACCCGCUGA